GUUGGUGGGGUGAGAAAACCUCCACUUGAUUCAGGCCGGCCAAGAUUAUUACCAUUCGGCCUCUUUCUUAAAGUUUUUUUUAUAUAAAUUGAUCUGUCAUUAAAAAUAUAAAAUAAUUCCAUUCGUCCUUGUUGAUUGGGAACAUUUGUAUAAAUUUGCAUAAAUUCAUGAAUCUUUGGAAUAAGAAAUGACGACAUUGACAAGUUACACCUUAUGAGUACCUUUAGCAUAAGACACACAGGUAGACACUGAUACUAGCAAGAUGCCGUUACUGCACUAAUUUUACUGGUCUUAUCUUCUACCGACAAAGAUGAUCCAAAUGGAAUUUCAGGAAACGUGAAAAUUCAAGCGCCGUUGUCCCGGUAACAACUACGGCGACGACGACGAAGCCAGUGCAAAUCUAAGAGGACCUCUCUCUCUCUCGACAAAAUUUUCACCAACCCGUCGUCUCACACUUUUUUGCUUCUCGGAAACGUCCCCAUUUCCACCAGAUUGUAUUUGUACGUCGGACUUUCGUCUUUCUUUAAAAAAAGAAUCAUCAUGCCAUGCUGUGGAGCUGCUGGGUGUAUCGGGCGCAAGAAGAAAGUUGACCCUGAAACUUUGGAGAGAUUGGAAGCGGCAUACGCCAAGUUGCAGCAGGCGUCGGACGAGGAAUGUCACUCGCUUUUGAAGAAAUAUUUGACUCAAGAUGUUUUCGACAAGCUCAAAAUGUGGAAGACCCCAUUGGGCGCGUCUCUCAUGGACGUUAUCCAGUCAGGCGUGGAAAAUUUGGAUAGUGGCGUUGGCGUUUAUGCGCCAGAUGCGGACAGCUACACGAUCUUUGCCGAUCUCUUUGACCCCAUUAUCGACGACUAUCAUGGAGGAUUUGGGAAAAACGAUCAUCAUCCCGCAAAAGACUUUGGAGACCUGAGCUCCUUCGUCAACGUCGACCCAGACGGUCAGUUUGUGAUUUCGACUCGAGUCCGGUGUGGUCGAUCACUGGAAGGAUAUCCAUUCAACCCUUGUCUCACGGAGCCGCAGUACAAAGAAAUGGAAGCCAAAGUUUCGAGCUGUUUGACCGGACUGAGCGGAGUCUUGGCUGGAACGUACUACCCUCUCCUCGGAAUGACCAAGGAAACCCAACAGCAACUCAUUGAUGACCACUUUCUCUUCAAAGAAGGCGAUCGUUUCCUCCAGGCGGCGAAUGCGUGUCGCUUUUGGCCCAUUGGGAGAGGAAUUUACCACAACGAUGCGAAGUCCUUCCUCGUCUGGGUCAACGAGGAGGAUCACCUUCGCAUCAUUUCCAUGGAGCAGGGGGGUGAUUUGGGGGGCGUGUAUUCGCGAAUGGUCGCCGGUGUGACGGAGAUCGAGAAGAAGAUGCGCUUCUCUCGCAACGAUCGGUUCGGAUAUCUGACCUUCUGUCCGACCAAUUUGGGCACCACGAUUCGAGCCUCGGUCCACAUCAAGUUGCCCAAGCUGGCAGCGGAUAAGGCCAAACUGGAUGCGACCGCGGCAAAGUAUAAUCUUCAAGUUCGUGGCACGAGCGGUGAGCAUACCGAAAGCAUCGGAGGCGUUUACGACAUUUCGAACAAGCGACGAUUGGGUUUGACCGAGGGUCAGGCCGUGAAGGAGAUGCAGGACGGGAUUCUCGAGCUUAUUAAGAUUGAAAAAAGCAUGUAAUACUAAUUAAACUUCUUUCUCAACAUGAUUUCAAACCGGUUCUUCAAACACAAAAUUCGAUGUGCAAAAUUGGAAAUUUAAAUCUUGGAAGCUUAAGAGCAAAAUAAAACUGCGUUAAAAAAUGUCCUUUAUUCAACGCUAACUUAAUAAUUAAAAUAAAGUCGACCUCGUAAAUUUUCACGUAAAUAGAAACAUACUUCUUUAUUAGGAUAAUCAUCAUGACAUUCGGUCGGUAAAGUCAACAAUACAAUACUGGAGGAUGAGUUUUGAAUAAUAACGUGGUGUCGUUUGUAGCAUGAACGAACUUAAUAAUAAAUAGGAUAAUUAACUAAUUAAUUAUGUAACGUACAUAUGCAU